ACGCCUAAUGGCCGUCUACUUCGGAUGCGCUCAGAACCCACGCGCGCACGUUAUCUGUUUCAGGGAUCUUCUACUUGGAAUGCGCUCAGAACCCACCCGCGGGGGUUAUCUGUUUCAGGGCAGGAAGAAGAAUAGCGAGCGAGAGAGAGAAUGGCAGUAGGAGCGAAGAAGGUCUGCGUUACAGGCGCCAACGGCUUCAUAGGCUCGUGGCUGGUCCGAACACUCCUUGAAAAGGGCUACGCCGUCAACGGCACGUACCAGAAGGGCACCGACACCUCCCACCUCCUCUCCCUCCCCAACGCUAACGUGCGCCUCUCUCUCUUCGAGGCGGACCUCCUCGACGCCCCGGCCCUCCAGGCCGCCAUCGAUGGAUGCUCAGGCGUCUUCCACGUGGCAUCCCCCUGCACCCUUUCCGACCCUCGGGACCCACACCUGGAGCUCAUCCUCCCUGCUGUACAGGGAACCCUCAACGUCCUAGAAGCUUCCAGAACGUCCAAGGUCAGUCGCGUCGUCAUCACCUCCUCCAUCUCCGCCCUCGUCCCAAACCCUAACUGGCCUCACAGUACGGCUCCAGUCGACGAGAACUCGUGGACCGACCUCGAGUACUGCAAAUCCCGCCGGAAGUGGUAUCCGGUGUCAAAGACAAUGGCAGAGAAGGCAGCUUGGGAUUAUGCAGAGAAGCAUGGCAUUGACAUCGUAACAGUACAUCCAUCGACUGCCCUGGGUCCGCUCCUACAAAAGGGCUUGAAUGCGAGCUCUGCUGUGCUGCUAAACCUCCUACAAGGAUCAAUGGACACUCAAGAAUAUCAUUGGCUGGGAUGUGUGCAUGUGAGAGAUGUUGCCAAUGCGCAUGUUUUAUUGUUUGAGAAACCAUCCGCUUCUGGAAGGUACCUUUGCACAAAUGGAAUCUACCAAUUCAGGGAUUUUGCUACGAAGGUGGCUGAGCUAUGCCCAGAGUAUCCCGUGCACAGGUUUGCUGAAGAAACUCAACCCGGUCUCAUGGAUUGUAAGGACGCUGCGAAGAAACUGAUUGAUCUUGGCGUAGUCUUUACACCGAUUGAAAAAACCAUCCAAGAUGCUGUGGCAAGCUUGAAAGCUAAUGGACUCUUGGGACUCCCAAACCAGUGACCUUAGACCUUUUGCAGCCGGAAGAUUUACAUUCCAUGUAUAUAUGCUAAUAAAUUUUGCAAAUAAGCUAUUUACUGCCUUUAUUUUA